AUGGAGAUGUUUAUCACGGCACUACAAGGAGCCGCGAAAGGAGGAGGCACGGGUGUCCCUUAUGAUCGGAAAGGAGGAGCCACAGACACUAUAACUAAUGAUUCUUCAGAUUUUGUUGUGUCAGCCCCACCCUCAAAAUCCAAUAUUCUAAACGCUACCGGUGGCUCUUUCCCGGUCAUCGGUGGUGGUACCGUUUCUAUAACCCCCACUUUAAAUGUCUCCAACAGCCUCUAUGAUAUUCAUACGGGCACGGUACUGGGUCGUGGUACUGAGAAAGAUGGACUGUACUAUGUGGAGGAGAUCUCAAGUACUGGGACAGCUCAUUUAGCUCAAGGGUCCUCAACCCGACAGUUAUGGCUCUGGCACCGGCGCUACGGCUAUCCCUCAAGUGAUUAUCUUCGUACUUUGUUUCCUGAGUUUAAAUCCAUUGACAUUCCAGUUUGUUCUUCAUGCGUGCUUGCUAAGAGUCAUAAGAGUACUUAUCAUAUAUCCACAAAUAAAUCUGAUACUCCCUUCUCAAUAAUACACUCUGAUGUAUGGGGGCCUGCCCCGGAAACUAUCUCCCCUGAUUAUAGAUACUUUGUGACUUUUAUUGAUGAUUGCACUCGUGUUACUUGGGUUUACCUGUUAAGACAAAAAAGUGAAGUGGCUGAGAAAUUCUGUGAUUUUUUCCGCAUGAUUAAAACCCAAUUUCACAAGACCAUUCAAGUCCUCCGAUCUGACAAUGGGAGGGAAUUUGUCAAUAACCAUCUCCAAACCUUUUUUCGGGAUAAUGGGAUCCUUCACCAAACUACUUGUCCUUAUACACCACAGCAAAAUGGGGGCUAUCGGUGUUUUGACCCAAUCUCUAAACGGCUCUUCAUUACCAUGGACUGCACUUUUCUGGAAGAGGAAUAUUUUUUUCCCUCGCCAACUAGCAGUGAGGGGGAGACAACGGCACAAUCACCACCACUGCCAAAUUGGCUUAGUCAGGAGGGGCCAGAACUUGAUCAGGAGGGGCCAGAACUUGAUCAUUCUUCUCUUCCUGAGUCUACACCAGAACUGGGAGACACUGACCAUCUAGUACAGUCCUCGGUCUCAACGUCACAACCAGAACCUGACACCGUAGAAUAUCCUGAGGAACACACAACUGAGGUAUGUGAAUCUGAACUUUCCCCUGGUUCUAAUAACCUUACUACUGAACCCAUUUCCCUUGAGGUUUCUGAAACAGGCCAAUAUGUCCUACCCCCUCGGAAUAAUAGAGGAAUUCCACCCAGGAGAUAUGAUCCAGAAUUCGAGGCAGCCAGGUCCAGAUACCCUGUGGCAAAUGUUACCAGAGGAGAAAGACUAUCACCUCAGUUGGUCAACCUACAGAAAAACAUUUGCUCAGAAUGGAUACCAAAGGAUGCCACAGAGGCCCAGAAGGACAAAAGAUGGGUUGAGGCGAUGGAGACCGAGAUGGAUGCCCUGGAGAAAAACAAGACCUGGGAAAAAUGCUGGCUACCCAAGGGAAAACGACCAGUGGGAUGCAAAUGGGAGGAAGUAUAUAUGGAUGCUCCACCAGGGUUCAUGAGUGGAUAUAGAAGGGGAGAAGUGUGUCGAUUGAGGCGAGCCUUGUAUGGGUUGAAACAGUCACCCAGAGCAUGGUUUGGGAGAUUUACUCAAGCAAUGAAGAAAAAUGGAUAUCGACAGAGUAACUCCGAUCACACUCUAUUCUUGAAGAGGCAAGGAAGGAAGAUCACGUGUUUGAUUAUAUACGUGGAUGACAUGAUUAUAACUGGAGAUGAUGUGGACGAAAUCAAACAACUGAGGGACAACUUAUUCCAAGAAUUUGAGAUGAAAGACCUGGGGAUGCUAAAAUAUUUUCUUGGAAUCGAAGUUCUCAGAUCAAACCAGGGAAUUCUAAUAUCACAGAGAAAGUACAUUCUUGAUCUGUUAACUGAAACAGGAAUGAUAGAUUGCAAACCAGUCGAUACUCCGGUAAUGGUCAAUCACGAGUUGAGCAAGGACUCAAAAGAAGGACCCACAGACAGGGGGAGGUACCAGAGACUGGUAGGAAAACUGAUUUAUUUAUCACACACCAGACCAGACGUGGCAUAUGCUGUGAGUUUGCUAAAGAGAAAUUUUCUUCUUAAUUAUAUAUUAAUGGCUACAAAACUCAAUAAGCCAUCCAAUUUCUUGGUCCUAGUCCUUUUCUGGAGCUUUGUUAUUAUGCCUUUGUGCACUAUUCAAGCUCGACCAUUAGCUUCAAAGCAUCUUCACUAUGGCACUUUGCGUCCUAGUCCUGCUGGAGGAGAUCAGCUAAGCACUGAACUUGCUGAAGCACUGCUUGAAGAUCUUGAUCUUUUUGGAAUAAAGAAGGAAGGUCCAAGCAAUGGGGGAGAAGGUCAUUAA